AUGACACCUUGUACGUCCAUCAUAUCUGCUGCACGAAGGGCGACUACGGUCAUAUCUGCUAAUCGUUUCUCUACCUUGAGAUUGUCUAAGGUUAGAACUUCGACUAGCUUCUCGAGGUCCUCGAUAAUUUGCUCCUGGGUAGGAGGAGGAUUUUCCUUGGGCGCCGACGAAGAGGAUGAAGAUGACGCGGGUGACGGAGGAGCAGGCACAGGAGGAGCAGGAAUGACAAAGGCGCCGGGAAUGAUUGGCGACGGGGAGCAAAGGUCGAUGACGGGAGGAGCACGAGCAGGACAAGGGGCACGAGGAGGAGGAGAAGGAGACAACUCCCACAGGGGAGCAGGAGGGCGAGCGGGACGGAAGGUGACGGAAGGUGGGAGAGUGUCACAAAGUGACAAGACAGUUUGGUUAGAGUUGGAUGGGUUGGGGCACUGUUAUAUCGUCCCAAUGCUGAGAGGAGGAGGAAGGCCGGGAAGCUCGUCCGUCGACGAAGGAGAUUUGGUUGCGAACACCAAGGGGCCAGCAGCUGGGGGCGAAGGACAGGAGGUUGUCGAAGCCUUCCACUGCUUAGCAGGGGAAGGGGGGAGGAAGGAACAGACGCCGGAUGUGCACAACGCACAUUGUGUACCACGGUUGUGGUCGCACUCUUCUCCCUUAGAAGCCAGUUCCUACCUCUCAGGUUGGGCCGCAAGGAGGGCCAAGAGACUAGCCAAAGUUCUAACCGUUCCCGAGCGAGGAACGGGGGAAGAAGUUGGGGCCUUGACCCGUACCCGUUUUUGGACGGAUAUUGGUGACGAAGUUCGUCGGUGUCUCUUCUUUGGAGACCGAAGGAUUGAAGUUUUCUUCUUUAAACUCGCCUCUUGUGAGGGAGUUUUCCUCUUAGCCGGGGUCGAAGACGGACCGGCGACAGCAUCGGGAGCUGCGGAAGACGACGAAGAUGCCAACAAAGAAGUCAGGGCAGCCAAGAGAGAAGAGAGGUGA